AUGCUUCGGCACGAAUGGGUCGGCUCGACCGGAGUGAUACCACGGCCUCACAGAAAACCGGCGUUUAAACUCAUACUGCUCGCGUGUUUUCUAAUCGGCGCGGUUAAUUCAAUACAUUACGAAGAAUAUUACAAUGUUUUGGGAGUUUCAAAAGAAGCUUCAACAGGAGAGAUAAAAAAAGCUUACAAAAGGCUGGCGGUAAAAUACCAUCCGGACAAAAACCCUACUGAAGAAGCUCACAAGAUGUUUGUAAAAAUAACAGAAGCCUAUGAAGCAUUGAAGGAUCCUGAAAAGAGAUCUGGCAAUCAGUAUAGUUUCUCACAAAAGCAGGCCUUUUACUCCCAGGAAGAGUAUGAUAGUCUGUUACAUGAUGGUCUAUAUCACAAUGAUCCCUACGUAGACAACUUAAAUGAAGAUAACUUCUCAAACUACUUGAAGAGUGGUUUCUACUUCAUUAACUUCUAUUCGCCGUUCUGUCCGCCUUGCCGCAAUUUAGCAAGCAGUUGGAAGAAACUAGCAGAAAUGUAUAACGGAAUUGUUAAUAUAGCAGCUGUGAAUUGUAAAAUCCAGCCUCAGUUUUGUUUCAACCGAAUGCAUAUACACAGUCAUCCAUCGCUUCUGUUUUAUCCUAAUGGCAAAAAAGGUGGCGUCGUCUACUACAAUGGGGAUUUAAAACUGGACUCUUUGGACAAAUACAUCAUGAUGUUCCUACGCAACCAUAUCAACAUACCUACCAUAGACCAGCUCAGAAGCAAGGAUAAACGUAUGGCAUACAUACUAGGGUCCACGAUGAUCGAGAAGGAUGAUCUUACGAGAAUCGCUUUUCAUUUGAAUAGUGUGGUUUCCUUCGCCAUAGUUGAAGAUGAGGAUCUUCGUAGAAGACUGACGUCCAAUGAGCACGCGACAGUGGUAUACAAAUACAAGGAUGUCACCAAGGAGAUUGAGAGUGUCGACGAAACGGAAAUAGUAGAGGAUAUUGUUCGUUAUUUACCCAAAGUUGAAGUUAUUGGGCCGGAGAAAUUUAAGAAAAUCAGGAACAAUUUACGUUCCGGCUCGCAAAAGAUGUGGGCGUUAUUCUUCUCGACCAAGAACAAGAACAGGUUGCAGCUGCAUCAAAUGAUUAAUGCUUUCCCUGAUAUGAAUUUCGACCGCACCCGCUUGGGGGGUGAUGAAAAAGGGGGGAGUCUACCAACGAUCCCUCCGGAUGCUGACGUAAGAGACUUUAUUGCAACCGCUACUGCAGCACUGAACCUCCAUACGUUGUCGCCUACAGAUCUACAAAGGAUACUGAAUGGAGAGGACUCAAGUGUCUGGGUAUUACUCCUGGCUCCGUACGGCACUCAAUGGGAACACAUCAUCGAACCAUUCACGCAAGCGAGUUUAGAUUACCUAGACAAUAAAGACGUUAACUUCGGCAUAAUGUCGUGCACUGCUAAAACAGCGAAGUACUGCACACAAGUUUCCUACCAUCCCGUCGUGGUAAUACAACAUGGAGCUAAACGCAAAAUGUACCAGAAGCGGGACUACGGGACUUUAAUGACGGACUUCAUCGACAUGGCUGUCAAUAGCCAAGAUAUUGAACUAAGCGAGCAACAACUUUUGGAGAUAAUGCACGUGUCGUCGCGCAAGUAUACGUGGCUGAUUGCGUUCGUGCCGGCGGGGAAAAUGUGUGGGUACACUUGCGAUAACCUGCCCUACGAGUGGAUGGUCGUCGCUAAAAAGUUACGCCCUCUGAAGUUUGUGCGCGUGGGCAUAUUGAACUGCGCGACCAACCCGACCGAGUUCUGCGCCAACAUCCGCUGGCCGACCGCACGGAUAUAUCCUGUCGCUUCUACUGACCACUUCAGUAUCAAUCUACAAGAGUUGGGACAAGCGCCCUACAUGGUGGAAUGGGCACUCGAGCAUAUUGUCGACUCCGCACAAAAACUCAACUGGCAGGUGUUCUCAAAGAAAGUCAUCGCUGAAGAGUUAAAUCCUACUGGAACAAGGAAACCUUGGCUGGUAUAUUUCCAUUCCCCAAGAUGUUUUGCCUGCUAUGAGAAGUAUCCGGCAUUUGCAAUCGCUGGCUAUUUCCUAAACAACGCGGUACAUAUGGGGCGAGUGAACUGCAUUUCUGAACGUGGUAUCUGCCAACAGGAGCAAAUAAUGUCUUAUCCUACCCUUAAGUUAUAUCUCAGCAGAAACCAGCGUCAAAGGUUCAGUACAGUCAUCAAUAUACCUCUCAAAGACUAUGAAACUGUCCUAAAAGAAGUAAAAUAUCAUAUAAGAAGAUAUGAUGAAAGUUUACUAGCAGGUAUCGAACAAAAUGUUAGAAAAAGUAUACAUAUAAAUCAUGAUGAAUUCUAGUUGAAUCUCCUUUGAAAUAACAAACUCAUUUUCAUGUUUCCAGUUUAAAAAUAAAAAACUUUAUGGGCUAGUCAUACAGUUUACAUUGAUGUGAAUCUCGAAUAUUUAUUAGGACCUUCUUCAUAUUAUUGUUGUCUAAAAUCCAUCUAAACUUUGAAUAUUUCUGGUUCACAGUAAACUUGUAACUAUUUUAGUUUUGUAAUAUUGUUAUUGAACUUGCUUAAAAACAAAUGGGGCAUGACAUAUUUAUAUCGAGUGUUGUAUUAAUUUGAACAACUUUUACUACGUGCCCCAGUGAACAAAUCAGAAACCUUUCACCUACCUUUAAUCACAAAGCCUAUUUUACUACGCAAAAACUGGAAAUAUGAAACUGAGAAUUAGCAAUAAGUAGAUCAAAUUGUCAAUUAGAUUUUAAAAUUGAGGCUAACUCGAAUCACAUCUCGCAUACUUAGGUACUAAUAUUUAAAUCAAUUUAAUUAUCACAAUUUAAAGUUUUGUUACCAUACAAGAUUAUUAUUUUUUAUAUUUAUAGUAAACGUAGGUUUAGAAUAUUUUGUGAUACUAUACUGAAAGCCUAGGGUUUGCCCUUUUACUGUACCUAUGUGUCUAAAUAUCAAUCAUUGAUUAAUCUGUCUAUUCGGAUAAUACCUACUUUUAUGUACCAGCUAUAAUAUUUUAGUACAUAUAUCUGCUACCUUUACUCCAAGUUGCUUGGAGUAUGCAGUGCCGGCGUGAUGGGGCGAUGGUCCAGGCCGACAAAUUCUGGGAGGUGUCAAGGUCUGAAGUUGGAGUUUCUUGCCUCUCCUAGUGCAAACACUAUCAGAACUGCGCUCUAAGCUCUGUGCAUAUGCAUAUUUUUAUUAGGGUUUUUUUUUAUUUGGGAUCAGAUCAAAAAUGUAACAUUUGAUAUUGUUUCCCUCAAGUGGGCGCCUCGAUAUUUUCGCUCGGGGUGUCAGUGGCCCUUACGCCGGCACUGGGAGUAUGGAUAAUCCCCAUUUCUAUCACAAUAAGCUUUUUUCUUUCAUAUUACUUUUUACCUUUCAUCCAUCCUGUCUAUAGUCGUCCUCUGUCUUUUAAUCUUCUAUUCUAUACAUUCGAAUCCAACAUUUAUUUUCCUCGUGAUUUUCAUGCCUUCCCAUUUCUUGUACGACUUUUUACUUCUUUUCCACUCUUGUUCCAUAACAAGAGAGAUGGUAUUAUAGUAACUGCCAUAUAGAUAAAAAAAAAUUACUUCUAAGAAGUAAUAAAAUCUUUUUAAAUAUUACUCUAUGUUACUUUUAAGUUCUCGUAAAUUCAGUGAGUAGUUCAUCUUGUUUUGUACUAUUGUAAUUAUUUCGUAACUAAUAUUUGUUCUACUGUAUUUCUUUAUUUUUAACAAUUGCAUUUAUUUUAAUAUAAAGCUUUAUUUGUUCUUAAAAUUGUAAUGUGAUUAGUGAAUGUUUUUACAAUUUAUAUUGGAGUCAUUUUAUCUCGACCUUAUUUUGAGCAUUUAGAUUGCUAGCAACUUUUUAUGCAGUUUAUGAUUUAACAUAGUAUUAUAACAUUGGAGUAACAAUCACUCCAGUGUCGCUAUUGCCAUUGUGAUUUUUGCAAAAUCGAACAAAGCUGGUUUUAGAAAUGAACUAAAAAAUGGUAUAUAUGUUAUUGUAAGUAUCACUGAAAUCAACAUUGAGGUUUUAAUUUUUAGUAAAGUAGUCACUUUCUUUCUGCUUUGGGAACUAAAGCCCUAAUUUAAAUUCCAAUUUAUAAAAUAACAAUACCUACUUCAUCAAUCAAUUACAUCCAUCAUAAUAUUAGCUAAUCUAUUCAUUAGGUCUCCACUCUAAUAUUACCUACUAUUAUCAAAUGAAGAUGUACUUAUGAUUUUGAUAUUUUUUUUUAAUGUAAUAAUGUUAUUAAACCUGCAUCUCGCAGCUAUCAAGUUUCAAAUCUCGUGAUUUUUUAUUAUUUGAAUGAAAUCUCUUUUCCUAUCUCUUUUUAUAUGUAAUAAUAUUAAUUGUAAACUUAUGUGAUAUUAUAGCUAACUAUAGACUGAAUUUAACUAACAUAGAGAAUUAUUGUAUAUGAAUACAUACAUACACGAAAUCUUUUGCCAACUGAAUAAUAAAAAAAUAUAUAAGUAUGAACAUUCCUUUCUGCUAAACUAGUUUAGCUUUUAUUUUGUAGCAAGAAUUUUGUCUAACUAAAUAGUGCCUUUUUAUAUUGAGCCAAUACUAGUACAAAUAGACAGUUAAUUAUAUUAUUUAUCUAUAAUAGAUAGGUAAUUAAUAUUCUUUUUAAUAUUAAUCCUUUUGACUACUGUCUCCAAGUUGUAUUUUUACUAAACCAAUUGAC